GCCUCCACUGCCAAGGGAACUCAUAUCAUUUUACAAAUAUCUCUUCAAGAGUAAAGAACAACAGAAAAUACAGCAAAAUGGAAUACGCCACAAAAACUGAAAUUUAUCAGAAAAUCAAAAAACCUCUAUUGGAACGUCAAAGACGUGCUCGCAUCAACAAAUGUUUGGAUGGUCUCAAGCAACUGAUGAUCGAUCUGAAUGGUGAUAGUAAAAUUUUACGCAUGGACAAGGCUGAGAUGUUGGAGACAACCAUUACAUUCCUGCAGUCAUACAAUAGGAAGAUGAAAACAAAUCAACAACACCAACAAAUUCCCAUAGAUGCCUUCCGCAAUGGAUACAUGAAUGCUGUCAAUGAAGUGUCUCGGGUAUUGGCCUCAACACCGGGAAUGACUGUUGAAAUGGGAAAAUCUGUAAUGAGUCAUUUGGGACGUUCUUACAAUCGUUUGCAACAACAAUAUCAACAACAACAAGUUUCUUACCAAUCAAUGAAACAGCAGCCCUUGACUGUAGAUUGUGCACCCUUGAGUCCGGCUUCUUCUGGUUAUCACAGUGACGAUAGUCUAAGUCCAGUCAAUUCACCUGUUGCAGCACCCUCGCAACAACAACAACAAGUAUGGAGACCUUGGUAAAGAUUGCCAGAGCAUAACAGCAGUAGCAAUCAAAACCAAGCACAAAUGCGCACACACACACAUACACUGAAGUACCUCAAUCUCCAAGCUCUACUUAACACUCAAACUGUGAUAAUCUCAAAACUGUGAUACAACCUUACCCUUAGACAACACAAUCUAGAAAAUAAAAUAAAAUUAAGAAAAUAUAUGAAAUAUUACAAUAUUUACAAAAACAAAA